AUGACAAAAUUUGAACAUCUUCCGAAUGAAGUAAUAUAUGAAAUAUUCGAUUGUCUUGAUGUUUGUCAUGCAUUCGAAGCUUUUUUCAAUCUAAAUAUUCGUUUUCAAUAUUUAUUAAUAAAUUCUCCAUUAUUUCUCAAAAUUGAUUUUUCUUGUAUAUCAAAAUCAAAUUUUCAAAAUUGUUGUACAUACAUAAUACAACCAAAUGUACAUCGUAUUGUAUCACUUCGUUUAUCGAAUCCACUCUCUAUUGAUUUAUUUCUCACAUUAUUUUCUUUUAAUGCAUCAUUUAUUCAGUUAGAAUCUCUUAUUUUUACUCAAAUUAAUUUUAAAAAACUUGAACCUAUUCUAACUAGUUUAUCAUCAUUACCUCGUCUUUAUUAUCUUACUAUUAAUAAUAAUAUUGAAGUAUGUGAUUCAAGUGAAAUUUAUCGUCUUAUAUUUCGUUUACCAGUUUUAAAACAUUGCAUUAUAUCACCAAAAUUUUAUGGUGGAAGUCUAUCAUUACAUACUGCAAAAAAUGAGAGUAGUCCAAUUGAAUAUCUUAGUAUUAAUCGACAUUGUUCUUUAAAUCAACUUAUGUCACUUAUUUCAUAUACACCUAAACUUAAUCAUUUAUCUAGUCUUUCUAUUAGUGAAACAUCUAAUGCAAGAAUAAAUAAUAUAUCAAUGACAUAUCCUAAAUUAACUCGUAUUUCUUUAAAAUUAUGGCGUAUGUCAUUUGAUAGUUUUAAAUUACUUUGUUCAAAAUUAUUUUAUCAUCUUGAAGUAUUAAGUAUUUGUACAAGAGCAGAUGAUCAUUAUUUAAUAGCUGAUCGAUGGCAACAAUUAAUUAUAAAUCAUAUGCCUAAUUUACGUAUAUUUGAUUUUCAACAUUAUUGGGAACCACUUGAUGAUAAUAAUACUGAACAACGUACAUAUCAUUUAUUAAUUGAUCGUUUUACUUCAUCAUUUUGGAUUACUCGACAAUGGUUUUUUGCGCAUCAACAUUUUUCACGUCGGGGUAUUCGUGAUGCUGUUUUCUAUUCUACUCAUCCAUAUAGAAAUCUUUAUGAAUUACAUGAACGUGCACAUAAUGAUGCAUGUCCACGUCGUGACGAAGGCAAAAACUUAGCUCGUCGUGUUAAUAUUGAUGAUUAUCGUGCAGCUACAAAUUGUUCACUUCAAUUUCCAUGUGCGACUGAACUUUCUCUUUGGGGCAAAGGUGCUCGAGGCAAUUUUUCAUUUAUUGCUGAUCUUAGUCAUAUGUUUCAUUUCUCCAAGUUAACACAUUUUAGUGUUCAAUGUCCAGAUUUUGGUCUUGCUCAAUUAAUUGAACUUUUAAAUCAUCUACCAAAUGUUCAUUCAUUAAUACUCUAUGCAAAUACAUCUUAUUUAUCUAGUGAACAAAUUCAACCUAUUCAUUUUGUAUCAAAUAAAAGUCGAAUUUCAAAUGUAACAAUUCGUGGUCGAUGUACAAUUCAACAAAUUCAUCUAUUAAUGAGUCUUUGUCCACGUGUUAAAUGUCUUGAAAUAGAAAUUGAUGAAGAUCAACUUGAAUUAAUUGUUCGAUUUUUAUUGUUUGAAAAAACAAAUCAUAUACAAUCAGAUUCUUUAAAAACAAAAGUUUCAUUUUUAAAAGAAUUUGAUUGUUUGCAAAGAAAAUUUUUAUAUUUAUUUUCACGUACACAAAACAAAAAACUUACACCGUCAGAUGAUUUAUCUACUUUUAUGUUAAGUCAACAAUCUUCCAAUAAUAAUCUUUUCUCGUUAUGUUUUUUUAAUCCAAAACCAGGAAUGGAACAAAAACUUCAACGUAUGAUUAGUCGAGAAAAAUUACUCAAUGAUUAUUCCAUUGGAUCUGUGUUUAAUUAUUUGUAUUUAUGGUGGUAG